UUACCUUACAUCCGCCAUUAGGUCCCUGAACUUGAUGAGUGACUUUCCCGACUGAAGCUGAUCAAAAAAUUGUUGCUGGGUGUUUAAACUUAGCGAGGACGAGAUGACGACGGAGGUUCAGCCUCGCGAAAUCCGGAUCCUUGAGACCGCGGAGGAUAUUCAGAGCCGCAGAGAGGAGGUUUUAUCCCGCUAUUCGAACUUCAAGGAUGCCUGCCAGGAUAGGAGGAAGAAGCUAGAAGAUUCUCGCCGAUACCAAUACUUUAAACGAGAUGCUGACGAACUCGAAAGCUGGAUCUAUGAAAAACUGCAGACAGCCUCGGACGAGAGCUACAAAGAUCCAACCAACCUGCAGGCAAAGAUCCAGAAACACCAGGCUUUCGAGGCUGAAGUUGUUGCCCAUGCCAAUGCCAUUGUAGUCCUCGACAACACUGGCACAGAGAUGAUUGACCAGGAACAUUUUGCAUCUGAAAUCAUCAGGGCCCGUUUGGAUGAGCUCCAUAGACUGUGGGACCUCUUGAUGUCCAAGCUCUCAGAAAAAGGCUUGAAGCUGAAGCAGGCACUUCGACUUGUACAGUUCAUGAGAGAGUGUAAUGAAGUAAUGUUCUGGAUCAGUGAUAAAGAGGCUUUCGUCUCUUCUGAGGAAUUUGGACAGGAUCUCGAACACGUAGAGGUUCUACAGAAGAAGUUUGAUGAAUUUCAAAAGGAUCUACAAAAUCAUGAAGACAAAGUGACAGAGGUAAAUACCCUGGCUGAACAACUCAUCACAGAUGAACACCCAGAGGAGACCACUAUCAGAGCCCGCCAAGAGGAGAUAAAUGAUGCAUGGCAGAGGCUGAAGCAGCUGUCCCUACUGAGGCAGGAGAGGUUGUUUGGUGCCCAUGAAAUACAGCGGUUCAACAGAGAUGCAGAUGAGACUAUUGCCUGGAUUAUGGAGAAGGAUGUGAUUUUAUCAUCUGAUGAUUAUGGCCGAGAUCUGGCCAGUGUACAGGCCCUACAGCGUAAACAUGAAGGGGUAGAGCGUGACUUGGCAGCCCUUGAGGAAAAGGUGACUAUGCUGGGGAAUGAAUCUGAGAGAUUGAUGGACAUCCACAAGGAUCAAGCUGGACAAAUCAGUAACAAACAGACUGAGAUUGUCGACAACUGGGAAAGACUCAAAAAUAAGGGCUCUGAGAGAAAAGCACGUCUAGACGAUUCCUACUACCUUCACCGUUUCCUGGCAGACUUCCGCGACCUCAUCUCAUGGGUACAUGACAUGAAAGCCAUUAUCUCUGCUGAUGACCUAGCCAAAGACGUAGCAGGGGCUGAGGCACUUGUUGAUCGCCAUCAUGAACACAAGGGUGAAAUUGAUGCCCGAGAGGAUAGCUUCAAGACAACUGCAGAGGCUGGCCAGAGACUGGUCAAUGCUGACCAUUAUGCUGCUGAUGAAGUUAGGGAUAAACUUUCGGUGCUGUCGUCAGAGAAGGCUAGCCUGCAUGACCUGUGGGAAGAACGCAAGAUUCUGUAUGAACAGUGCAUGGACCUUCAACUCUUCUACCGUGACACAGAACAUGCAGAUGCCUGGAUGACAAAGCAAGAGGCUUUUUUGGCAAAUGAAGAUCUUGGUGACUCACUAGACAGUGUAGAGGCACUCAUCAAGAAACAUGAAGACUUUGAGAAGUCCUUGGCUGCUCAGGAGGAAAAGAUCAAGCUCCUUGAUGAGUUGGCCACGAAACUGAUUGAGAGCGAACACUAUGCCCAAGAUGAUGUGGCUGCCAGGCGAGACCAGUUACUGACAAGACGUACAGCUUUGUACGAGGGAUCAGCUAACCGCCGCCAGAUGUUGGAAGAGUCUUACAAACUUCAGACUUUCGAGAGAGACUGUGAUGAAACCAAGGGCUGGAUCAAUGAGAAACUGAAGACAGCCUCUGAUGAGAGCUACCUGGAUCCAACCAACCUGCAGACCAAAGUGCAGAAACACCAGAACUUUGAAGCUGAGUUAGAUGCCAACAAGAAUCGUAUUGAGACGAUCCACCAAACAGGAGAGCAGUUGAUUGAGGAGGAACACUAUGCCUCGGAGAACAUUAAAGAACGUAUUGAUGAAAUACAGAAGUUAUGGGAAAGUCUACUAUCACAAACAGACAGGAAAGGUAACAAGUUGAAGGAGGCAAGCCAGCAGCAGCAGUUUAUCAGAAAUACAGAGGACAUAGAAACAUGGCUGUGUGAGAUUGAGGGACAGCUGAUGUCAGAAGACUUUGGCAAGGAUUUGACCAGCGUCCAGAACCUGCAGAAGAAGCAUGCCCUACUGGAGGCUGAUGUUGCUGCCCAUCAGGAUCGUAUUGACGGCAUUGUGAUCCAGGCUGAUCAAUUUGUAGAGUCUGGACAUUUCGACGCUGAAAACAUCAAGGCCAAGCAAAUACAAGUCGUACAGCGGUAUGAAACUCUUCAGGAACCAAUGCACGAUCGUAAACAGAAGCUGGAGGAUGCACUACGCCUCCAACAGUUUCUCAGGGAUGUCGAGGAUGAGGAAGACUGGAUCAGAGAAAAGGAGCCAAUCGCAUCCUCUACCAACAGAGGUCGUGACUUAAUUGGGGUCCAAAACCUGCUCAAGAAACAUCAGGCUCUUCAAGCAGAGUUAGGAGGUCAUGAACCACGUAUCAACAAUGUCUGUCACCAUGGUAAUGAUAUGAUCAAGGAUGGACAUUUUGCUGCCAAGGAAAUCAACCAGAAAAUUGAAGGCUUGCAGGACAAAUGGCAACAGUUGAAGGACAAAGCUUUCCAGAGAAAGCAGGAUCUAGAGGACUCCCUCCAAGCCCAGCAAUACUUUGCUGAUGCCAAUGAGGCAGAGUCAUGGAUGAGAGAAAAGGAGCCACUCGCUGCUAACACUGAUUACGGAAAAGAUGAGGACACAGCUGAGGCACUCCUCAAGAAACACGAGGCCUUCAUGGCUGACCUUGAAGCAUAUCGAUCUGUGGUGGAGGGCCUUCAAGAACAGUCCCAGGCCUGCAAGCAACAGGAAGCUCCAGUGGUGGACGACCUUGGCACUGAGAAGGUGAUGGCUCUAUACGAUUACACAGAGAAGUCACCCCGUGAGGUCUCGAUGAAGAAGGGAGAUGUACUUACACUCCUCAACUGUGCUAAUAAGGACUGGUGGAAGGUGGAAGUCAAUGAUAGACAGGGAUUUGUACCUGCUGCUUAUGUCAAGAAGCUUGACCCAAGUCUGUCAGCAAGCCGUAACAACCUGAUGGAUGAGUUCACCAUAUCUGUGCGACAAAAUCAGAUCGAAACACAGUAUGCGAAUCUGUUGGACCAAGGAAACCAGCGUCGUGAGAAACUCCAGGAAUCAUGCCGUGCCUACCAAUUGGUGCGUGAAGCUGCUGAACUGGCCUCAUGGAUCACAGAGAAAGAAGGCAUGAUGGUUGGUGAUGAAGUCGGUGAAGACUUGGAACAGGUGGAAGAAAUGCAGAAGAAAUUUGAUGACUAUCAGAAGGAUUUGAAGCAGAAUGAAGCAAGACUUCAGGAGCUGAAUACUAUUGCUGACAAGCUGACGGCCAUGGGUCGUACAGAAGCCGCAGAGAAGAUUCGCGAACAAAUUGCUACACUGAACAACAGAUGGGAGAACCUUCAGGCAGUGACAGCAGUAAGGGCAGAGACCCUUGGGAGUGCCCAUGAAGUCCAAAGAUACCACAGGGAUGUGGAUGAGACAAAGGACUGGAUCAAUGAGAAGGAUCAGGCCCUCAACAAUGAGAACUAUGGUCAUGAUCUAGCCAGUGUACAGGCUCUGCAGAGAAAACAUGAUGCUCUGGAGCGUGACUUAUCAGCUCUGGGAGAGAAGGUACGCGACUUAGAUGAGAGUGCCAAGCGUCUGAUGCAGACCCAUCCUGACCAGGCUGAGCAGAUCUAUGAACACCAGACAGAAAUCAAUGAGCUAUGGAACACACUGACUGCCAAGGCUGAUGCUAGGAAAUCUAAAUUACUGGACAGUUAUGACCUCCAGAGGUUUCUAAGUGACUACAGAGACCUAACCUCAUGGAUCAACAGUAUGAUGUCCUUGGUGUCAUCAGAUGAACUCGCCAAGGAUGUGACUGGUGCUGAGGCCCUGCUGGAGCGCCAUCAGAUGUUCAGCUCUGAGAUUGUCAGCCAUUACGGUAUCACGCAGCUGCCCACAGAGGAAGAGAUUGAGGAGCUGGAACAUCGCACUGAGAUAGAUGCCCGUUCUGGAACCUUCCAGGCAUUCGAGGUGUUUGGCCAGAAUCUUCUUCACAAUGAGCACUAUGCAAGUGAGGAUGUGUCUGGCAAACUGGAGGAGCUUGCCAAGGCUCGUGAGGAACUUGAACAAGCAUGGAUUGCACGAAGGAUGAAGCUGGACCAGUGCCUUGAGCUACAGUUGUUUUACCGAGACUGUGAGCAGGCAGAGACAUGGAUGCACUCCCGUGAGGCUUUCCUAUCAGGUGAUGCCGUUGAUGGUGACAAUGUGGAAACACUUAUCAAGAAGCAUGAAGACUUUGACAGAGCCAUCAGUAGCCAGCAAGAGAAAAUCCAGGCACUACAGUUGUUUGCAGACCAGUUGAUUGGUGGAGAACAUUACGACAGCAGUGCCAUCGCUGACAAACGCGAUCAAGUCCUUGACCGAUGGACCAACCUCAAAGAUGCCCUAAUAGAUAACCGCUCCAAGCUGGGUGAGGCACAGACCUUGCAGCAGUUCUCGCGGGAUGCUGAUGAAAUGGAAAAUUGGCUCCAGGAAAAACUACAGAUUGCUAUGGAUGAGUCUUACAAGGACCCUACCAACAUACAGAGUAAACACCAGAAACAUCAGGCUUUUGAAGCAGAGCUGGCUGCCAAUGCUGACCGACUGCAGGCACUACUUGGCACUGGUCAAGCAUUGAUUGACCAGAAGCAGUGUGCAGGAUCAGAGGAUGCUGUCCAGGCCAGACUUGAGAGUCUUGCCUCACAGUGGGAGACACUAGUGGCCAAGUCUGCUGAGAAGAGUGACAAACUGAAGGAGGCCAAUCGCCAACAGACCUAUAACGCUGGGGUCAAGGACAUGGAAUUCUGGCUUGGAGAGGUAGAGCAGAUGCUUGGCUCAGAGGAGUAUGGAAAAGACUUGUCCUCUGUGCAGAACUUGCUGAAGAAACACCAGUUACUGGAGGCUGACAUAGCAGCUCAUGAGGACCGUAUAAAGGACCUUAACACACAAGCUGACCAGUUCUGUGAUGCUGGAGUCUGGGAUGCAGAGAGUAUUGAGACGAGGAAGAGGACUAUCAACGAACGUUACGAUAAAAUCAAAGAAUUGGCCAUUGUGAGGAGGACACGCUUGAACGAGGCCAACACCAUGCACCAGUUCCUCAGGGACAUUGAUGAUGAGGAAGCUUGGAUCAAGGAGAAGAAACUGCUGGUUGGCUCUGAUGACUAUGGACGUGAUCUUACCAGUGUACAGAAUCUACGCAAGAAACACAAGCGUCUGGAUGCUGAGCUAGCUACCCAUGAGCCUGCCAUACAAGCCGUGCAGGACACUGGAGCCAAGUUAAUUGAGGAAUCCGACAUCAACACAGCUGAUAUAAAGGAACGCUUAAAACAACUUCAGGACAGCUGGGAAGAGCUCAAGUCCAUGGCAGCCAACCGUGGCCAAAAGCUGGAGGAAUCGUAUGCCUUCCAGCAGUUCUCAGCCAGUGUGGAAGAGGAGGAGGCAUGGAUUGCUGAGAAGCAACAUCUUCUGUCUGGUGGUGACCAUGGAGACACCAUGGCUACUGUACAGGGUCUAUUGAAAAAACAUGAAGUGUUUGAGACCGAUUUCCAGAUACAUAAGGAACGAUGUGAGGAGAUCAAGAAUGAGGGAGAAAAACGCAUCAAUGAGGGUAACCACAAUGCUGACAGUAUUGGUCAGAGAAACAGAGGAUUGCAGGAGAAGCUGGAUGCUCUGGACGCAGCUGCAGCAAGACGUAAGGCCGGGCUUAUUGACAACUCUGCCUUCCUACAAUUUAUGUGGAAGACUGAUGUUGUAGAAAGCUGGAUCGCCGACAAGGAGACACAGGUUCGCUCUGAUGAUUAUGGACGAGACCUUUCUUCUGUACAGACCCUCCUCACAAAACAGGAAACUUUCGAUGCUGGUCUGCAGGCCUUUGAGAAGGAAGGCAUCCAGACCAUUUCUGCCCUGAAGGAUCAGCUAAUUGCAGCUCAACAUGCACAGACAGCGGCCAUAGAGAAACGUUACAAUGAUGUCAUUGACAGGUGGCAGAAGCUCCUGAAUGACUCAGAUGCACGUAAGCAGCGUCUCUUGCGCCUCCAGGAGCAGUAUCGGCAAAUAGAGGACUUGUACCUCACUUUCGCAAAGAAGGCUUCAGCCUUCAACAGCUGGUUUGAGAACGCAGAGGAAGAUCUUACUGAUCCAGUGCGAUGUAACUCGGUGGAGGAGAUCAGGGCUCUGCGGGAGGCCCACGAUCAGUUCAAAGCUUCUCUUAGUGCCGCCCAGGCAGAUUUCAACCAACUAGCCGCCCUGGACAAGAGGAUCAAAAGCUUCAAUGUAGGACCAAACCCUUACACAUGGUUUACCAUGGAUGCUCUAGAGGAGACCUGGAAAAACCUACAGAAAAUCAUCAAGGAGAGAGAUGUAGACCUAGGUAAUGAACAGCAGCGCCAGGAGGAGAAUGACCAGCUCCGUAAACAGUUUGCCCAAGCUGCCAACGCCUUCCACUCCUGGCUUACAGAGACACGUCUUUGGCUACUGGACGGGGCAGCCAUGAUGGAGGGAUCAGGUACACUAGAAGAUCAGCUGGAGGCCACCAAGAAAAAGGCGACUGAGGUGCGAGCCCAGAAGGGCCAGUUGAAGAGAAUAGAGGACUUAGGAGCUGCUAUGGAGGAGCGAUUGAUCUUAGACAACAGAUACACAGAGCAUAGCACAGUAGGCUUGGCCCAGCAGUGGGAUCAGCUUGACCAACUCGGCAUGAGGAUGCAGCACAACCUUGAUCAGCAAAUCCAAGCUAGAAACAGAAGUGGUGUAUCAGAAGAUGCUCUGAGGGAGUUCAGCAUGAUGUUCAAACAUUUUGACAAGGAUAAGUCUGGUAAACUGGACCACCAGGAGUUUAAAUCUUGUCUUCGAGCCCUGGGGUAUGACCUGCCGGUAGUGGAGGAGGGUGAAGUAGAUCCCGAGUUCCAGGCCAUUCUAGAUAUGGUUGAUCCUAACAGAGAUGGACAAGUGUCUCUACAGGAAUACAUGGCAUUUAUGAUCAGUCGUGAGACAGAGAACGUCCAAUCUAGCUCGGAGGUAGAGCAGGCCUUCCGAGCUUUAACAUCUGGAGACAAAGCGUACAUCACAGCACAGGAGUUGUAUGCCAACCUGACCAAGGAGCAAGCUGACUACUGUAUAGCCAGAAUGAAGCCGUAUGUGGACAAGACGGGUCGUGAGGUUGUCGACAGCUAUGAUUAUGCUGACUUUACGCGCUCCAUGUUUGUGAAUUAAAUGGAGAGGGACUCACCACAGGGAUCUGUAGGGCUGUAGUCUAACCCCCUGAAUAGUACUUCCUGUGUAUCGUGUAUGUUAUAAGCCAACUUCCGUCUUGUACCUGUUAAUCUUCACCUCUACUGCACUGCCGCCAAGAGGAGAUAACUCACUUUUCUAGUGACAUGUUUAUGAAUUACAUCUAUCAGUUUGUCUUUCUAGACUUUUUUGACCAAGUCUUAUUAACUGUAUAGACAUAAGUUACAGAUGUUGUUUGUACAAUGUUAACUAUCAAAUCACCAUACUCACAUCAUUGGGUUUGUGUUGUACUACUCUGAACAUCGUCACAAAACUCGCUCCCAAACAUGGAGUCUUUACGGAGACAUUGAAUUAAGGACUUUCACUUUGAAACAUUAAUAAUGUUACGGAAAAUUAUCUUAAAAUAUUUGCGAAGGAAUAUUGAAAAUUAUUUUUGCUUUAGCUUUCUGCACCAAUUUUUUCCUUUUUUUGAAAAUAAAAUUAUUGUACAUGUAUAUUACGGCCUUAUGCUUGCUUUAAGAAAUUCAGGAGAGAAAGAUGACAUUUUGAAUAGCCAUUGAAGUAUAUUGUGGGUAAGACACAGCCUGCUGGUCUGCUUGGCCAAAGUCUGUUGUUAGAUCUGUCUUCAUAUUAUUUGUGUAUAAUAAAACCUUCCAUAGAUA